AUGAGGUCCUCAGUCGCUUGGUUGUCGCUGUUUGCGACAUCUGCUUUUACUCUGUCAACAAUAACGAACAGCAAUGACGUCCCUGCGACCGUCCCCACUCUGGCAGCAAUUACCAAAUUGAUGGAGCCCAGAGACACAUUAAGUAGUACUGAUCUGGGUAUAACGAUCACCAUUGGGGUUACGAUUUGGGUUGGUGAAGGCGAAGUUGUUACAUGUACGGUCACAGAUACUACAACCGACACCACGACCGACAUCAUCACCGAUACUGUCACAGCAAGUGCGGCGACAGUUACUGUAACAGAUACUAUCACCAACACGGCGACUGAGACUAUCACCAUAGGUACCACCACUUCUGGACAAGAUACGACGACGACGCAAUCACAAACACAGAGCCAGAUCGUCCCCGUCACUGUAUGUUCAAGUCUCGUCACCAAUCCGAGCUACACACCCACCACCCAGUUGCCCGACGACUAUACCUGGGGCUGUCCACCUGGAUACCUCUGCAAACCCCCUCAUACAGGCGACCGUGCGGGCUGCAAUGUUGAAGCUGGUCUUCCCGCUGAUACUUACAUUUGUUCACCCGACUACUGCAUUGAGGCUCCGGUUCCAAUAUUCAACGAUGAUACUCACUACAAUGUCUCCAGUAAUUACUACAACCUAGACCCUAUGGACUUUGGUCUGAGCUACGAUAUCCUUGAAUGUGCUGAAGAGUCUACAACGGGUACCAGCAAGCGCGAAUUGCCCCCACGCCAUGGUAGAAUUGAACAGCUCAUGGAUCAUUCCCUUGGUCGACUGACCAAGCGGGUGGACACGGGUUAUAUACCCAGUGCGUGCUAUUACGAUUGCAAUAUCGUUGGUAUCGUCGCCGAAAGAACUGGAAAGCAGUCUUUAUUGUGCGCUGUCGGGUCUACAUUCCUGCUGGACUUGGGUUAUUGUGAGGAAUGCAUCAGCAGCGCGGCAACUUCGUCCGCCUCGGCUGUAUACUCAUCUACAUUGCUGCCCACAUUUGCCCAGUGGUUGAACUUUUGCUCUGAUCAGACGACUUCCUCGAGCACCUCGGCAGCGACAACUACCACCGAGGUAACUACUACUAGCGCUGAGUCAACGACAACUACCACCAUUAAGUCGACUACUCCUAGCACUACGACAACUGCGAGCACUGAGACUAGUACUACGACAACUGCGAGCACUGAGACCAGCACCACCACUCAAAAUCCGCAGACAACAAGUUCAGCACAAACAACCACUAUGUCAACAGAGUCAACUACAACAGCUGGACAAAGUACAACUUCCGUAUCUGCCUCAACAGUGACAGUACCCGAAUCAACGACGAUUAUCUCCGGGUCAACCGUGACAGUCCCCGGUUCCACGGUGAUAGUGUCUGGAACGCAUACCAUAGGCACUGUUUCUAUAAGUACCUCUGACUCAACAGUGACAGUACCCGAAUCAACGACGAUUAUCUCUGGGUCAACCGUUAUUGUCCCCGGUUCCACGGUGAUAGAGUCUGGAACGCAUACCAUAGGCACUGUUUCUAUAAGUACCUCUGAUUCAACAGUGACAAUACCCGAAUCAACGACGAUUAUCUCCGGGUCAACCGUGACAGUCCCCGGUUCCACGGUGAUAGUGUCUGGAACGCAUACCAUAGGCGCUGUUUCUAUAAGUACCUCUGCCUCUGGAAGUCGGACUGGUUCAGCUACUUCGCCUGCUUCUAGUGUUCCCUACAGUGCAGCAUCGCGGGCGAGGGACGUUCCUCAUAUAGGCUUGCUGGGUCUUUUGUUGGCUCUUGGGUGGAUUAAUCUUUAA